CAUGGCGACAGAAUGGAGCGGGCAGCAGGGUUACAUUCUCACCGUCAUUAUAUUCGUGUGGAGCGCGGUCAGCGGCGGCCGCACGGAGGCGGCGGUCAGCGGCGGCGGCGGCAGCGGCAGCCAGCUGCUCGGCAUGCGGCUGGAGAGGAGCGACAAGCCGGCCAGCACCAAUGACGACGGUGUCAUCCAGGUGACAGAGGAGAGCUCCGUGCAGCUCCGGUUUUACGGGGUGCAGCUCCACUCGGGCGCCUGGACGCAGGUCCGCUUCACGGAGGUGACGGACGGAGGCGGCGGCGACGCGGCGGAGGAGGAGGAGGAGGCGGUGGCGGCAGCGAGGAGCGGCAGCGGCAUGAUGGAGCCGGCGGACAGCAGGACUUGUGCCGAUUUCACGAAGGACAUCAGCGUCGGGACCUUCAUGAACGUCAGCAGUGGCCGCACGUCGGGGCUGCUCACCGUGCACAUUAAGCCGCUGCGCAAGAGCGAGCCGCAGAAGGAGUACGCGCUGUGCACGAGGGGCUUGGAGGGGAGCAGGUGGCUCCUGCUGGGGGACAGCGAUGGCAGGGUGCUGGUGGUGGAGGAGAAGAAGUCCCUGCUGCCCAUGUGGUUCCAGGUGAUCCUGAUCGCCUGCCUGCUGGUGCUGUCCGGCAUGUUCAGCGGGCUGAACCUGGGGCUGAUGGCGCUGGACCCCAUGGAGCUGCGCAUCGUGCAGAGCUGCGGCACCGACAAGGAGAAGAAAGACGCGCGGAAGAUCGAGCCGAUCCGCAGCAAAGGGAACUACCUGCUGUGCUCCCUGCUCCUCGGUAACGUGCUGGUGAACACCACCCUCACCAUCCUGCUGGACGACCUGAUCGGCUCCGGGCUGGGCGCGGUGGUCGCCUCCACCAUCGGCAUCGUCAUCUUUGGAGAGAUCGUGCCGCAGGCGCUGUGCUCGCGCCACGGACUGGCCGUCGGGGCCAACACCAUCAUGGUGACCAAGUUCUUCAUGUUCCUCACCUUCCCGGUCUCCUUCCCUGUCAGCAAGCUGCUGGACGUCCUGCUGGGCCAGGAGAUCGGCACCGUGUACAACCGGGAGAAGCUGGUGGAGAUGCUGAAGGUGACGGAGCCCUACAACGACCUGGUCAAAGAGGAGCUCAACAUGAUCCAGGGCGCGCUGGAGCUCCGGACCAAGACCGUGGAGGACGUCAUGACCCCCAUAGACAACUGCUUCAUGAUCCAGGCGGACGCUGUGCUGGACUUCAACACCAUGUCUGAGAUCAUGGAGAGCGGCUACACGCGCAUACCGGUCUACGACGACGAGAGGUCCAACAUCGUGGACAUCCUGUACGUGAAGGACCUGGCCUUCGUGGACCCGGACGACUGCACCACCCUGAAGACCAUCACCAAGUUCUACAACCACCCGGUGCACUUCGUGUUCCACGACACCAAGCUGGACGCCAUGCUGGAGGAGUUCAAGAAAGGUAAAUCCCACCUGGCCAUCGUCCAGAAGGUGAACAACGAGGGGGAGGGGGAUCCGUUCUACGAGGUUCUGGGAUUGGUCACCUUAGAGGACGUCAUCGAGGAGAUCAUCAAGUCAGAGAUCCUGGAUGAGUCUGACCUCUACACUGACAACAGGAACAGGAAGAAAGUGGACCCCAAUAAAAACAAACCCGACUUCUCCGCCUUUAAGAACGACGCCGACAGUAAAGUGAAGAUCUCUCCUCAGCUGCUGCUGGCGGCUCAUCGCUUCCUGGCGACAGAGGUGACCCUCUUCAGCCCGUUCCAGAUCACAGAGAAAGUCCUGCUGAGGGUCCUGAAGCACCCCGACGUCAUCCAGGAGCUCAAGUUCAACGACAACGACAAACGCUCGCCGCAGCACUUCCUGUACCAGAGAGGCAAACCCGUCGACUACUUCAUCCUCAUUCUGCAGGGGCGAGUCGAGGUGGAAGCUGGAAAUGAAAACAUGAAGUUUGAAACCGGCCCGUUCUCCUACUACGGAGUGAUGGCUCUGAGCUCCCCAUCACUGGCCGUCACCCCUCCUCUCUCCCCAUCAGUGGCGUCUCCCCCUCCACGACGCCUCUCUCUUAAGAGGUUUUCUCUGUUCUCUCGUUUCCCAGAGUUUCGUUCUCCGUCACACGGGGGCAACCUCAACCGCUCGGCGUCGCUGAGCUGCACUGAGCGCGCUCCAGAAACCGGCUCAGUGGGCGGGAGCAGCCAGCAGAUCCCCGGGACCCCCUUCCAGUACAUACCAGACUUCUGCGUACGCGCUCUCACAGACCUGCAGUAUGUCAAGAUCACCCGUGCUCAGUACCAGAACGGCCUCCUGGCGUCCAAGCUGGACAGCUCGCCCCAGUCUCCAGACGGCAGCCACACUCGCCUGGACACGUCUGCGUCUCUGCCGCCCAUCACGCCCCCGGGGACGCGCUUCCCACUGCCACUGGCCACGCCUCCUGUGAAGCGCCCGCCGUCGUCGUCACAGCAACCGGGCGGCCGCACCGCACUGCCCCAAACCGCCGCCGCCGCCGCCUCCUCGUCCUCCGGCCGCAGACCGAGCCAGUCUCUGCCUCAAGCCACGCCCCUUCCCAGCAACCACGCCCCCCUCCCCCAGGUGUCCCCGUCCUCCGUGAGCACAAUGGCGAGCACCUUUAACACAUCGUCCUCCAAGUCGCCGUCCUCCACCGGCCCGGAGAACGGGCCCGGAGAGACGACCACUCUGCUCAGCGAGCAGCAGAACUGCGUCGGCGCCCGCAGGCCCAGCCACACACACGUUCACACCAUCAGCCACGGACACACUGAAAGCACCAUCUAACUAAACUAAACUACCUGUGCACUCAACACACACUCACUCGCACUACUUCCUGUUUGCUCGUUGUCUCCUGAAGCUGAGGAUCAGCUCUUCAUGUCUAUUUUAUAAACAGAGAUCCUCUUUUAUCCCGUCCUGCAUGUUCCCCCCUCAAAACACUGAAGAAGAUCAGGAAUAGACUACAAAGAUGGCUGAAGGAACACAUGUGAGUGUGAUGGAAAAAUGAAGAAUGUGUGUUUUUAAAGAGGCAGUUCACCCACAUUACAGAAACACUUAUUUUCUUACUUUCCUGUAGAAAGGAUAUUUAUUCGUGCAGGUUUUGAGAUUUCUGUCUUCAGCUCAGUGAAAAAUUAACUCAGCAGUAAUGGGAUUUUCCAGUUUGUGUGGAUCAUCGACAGACCUAACUGUUCACAGAAACGACUUUAUCCAGAGGAAACUCCAGCGACACUUGUAGUAGAAAGAGUAACUUUAUUUAAAGACCCAUCUCCUUUCGGCUUGUGGCCUUCAUCAGGAUCAUCAUCAACCACAUUUCAAACAACCACGUGAUUAUUGACCCACAAGUGUUGCUGGAGUUUUUACCUCUUUAGCCUUUUUUUUCCUUUCUUCAUGCACCUUGGAAGUAGGUGCAGCUGCACUAGAAACUACUUCUUCUGAAAAUGUUAACA